AGAGAGAGAGAGAGAGAGAGAGAGAGAGAGAUGACAAUAUCUUCUCCAUGGCUGCGGUCGUUGCCCUUCUCCAGACUCUUCAGGCAGCUGGAGCAUGAGAUGGAAACUGUGGUGACAGUGCUGCAACCUGGUCCGUUGGGAAUUGUAGAACACAAGUUUUCUGCUGAGGAGAUACGUAAGGCAAAUGCUACUGUUCAAAGGGCAGUGCAGAAAUGGCAACAGAAUGCAAUCCUAGAGAAGAGAAGUCGCAUCUUAGAAGAGUAUAUACAGAAGUGAAAGAUCUUAAUCCUUUAAUUGGACGAUCAAACAAUGUUGCCAGAGCAUACAUUUCAUAAAAUUUCAAGAAGGGCUCCUACUUGUACUCUUUUCCACUCUUUCUGCUAUAACUUAUUAUAAAUAGGCAGGACUUGUAUUUUCUCUUCAGAUUUCGUUUGUUACAUUAUACGAUAUGAAGAAGCAAAUGAUUCAUUUAGUUUUGUUUUGAUAACUUUA